CUCGGCUCUCGCCGCUCCCCGCCCCUGUGCCGGCCCGGCCCUGUGCAUUGUGGUCCGGCGGCGGGGGGCGAACAUGGCCGAGAAGCAGAAGCACGAUGGGCGGGUGAAGAUCGGCCACUACGUGCUGGGGGACACGCUGGGGGUCGGCACCUUCGGCAAAGUCAAGAUUGGUGAGCACCAGCUGACGGGGCACAAAGUGGCAGUGAAAAUACUGAACAGGCAGAAAAUCCGCAGCCUGGAUGUGGUGGGGAAGAUCAAACGGGAAAUCCAAAACCUUAAACUCUUCCGGCACCCCCACAUUAUCAAACUGUACCAGGUGAUCAGCACACCAACAGACUUCUUCAUGGUCAUGGAAUACGUGUCCGGGGGGGAAUUGUUUGAUUACAUCUGUAAGCACGGACGUGUCGAGGAGGCAGAAGCUCGACGCCUUUUCCAGCAGAUCCUGUCUGCAGUGGAUUACUGCCACAGGCACAUGGUGGUGCACAGGGACCUGAAGCCAGAGAACGUGCUGCUGGAUGCACACAUGAAUGCAAAGAUAGCUGAUUUUGGACUGUCCAACAUGAUGUCAGAUGGUGAAUUUCUACGCACCAGCUGUGGUUCCCCAAAUUAUGCAGCCCCUGAAGUCAUCUCUGGAAGGCUCUAUGCUGGCCCAGAGGUGGACAUCUGGAGCUGUGGUGUCAUCCUCUACGCCCUCCUGUGUGGCACUCUGCCUUUUGAUGACGAGCACGUCCCCACCCUGUUCAAGAAGAUCCGUGGGGGAGUGUUUUACAUCCCGGAAUACCUCAACCGCUCCGUGGCCACACUCCUCAUGCACAUGCUGCAGGUGGACCCCCUCAAGAGAGCCACCAUCAAGGACAUCAGGGAACACGAGUGGUUCAAGGAGGAGCUGCCCAGCUACCUGUUCCCAGAGGACCCUUCCUAUGAUGCCACAGUCAUCGACGACGAGGCGGUGCGCGAGGUGUGCGAGAAGUUCGAGUGCACCGAGUCGGAGGUGAUGAACAGCCUGUACAGCGGCGACCCGCAGGACCAGCUGGCCGUGGCCUACCACCUGGUCAUUGACAACCGCCGCAUCAUGAACCAGGCCAGCGAGUUCUACCUGGCCUCCAGCCCCCCCACAGGCUCCUUCAUGGAUGACAGCACCCUGCACAUCCCGCCGGGCGUCAAGCCGCACCCCGAGCGGAUGCCGCCGCUCAUUGCCGACAGCCCCAAGGCACGCUGCCCCCUGGACGCCCUCAACACCACCAAGCCAAAGCCCCUGACUGUCAAAAAGGCCAAGUGGCACCUGGGCAUCCGCAGCCAGAGCAAGCCCUACGACAUUAUGGCCGAGGUGUACCGGGCUAUGAAGCAGCUGGACUUCGAGUGGAAGGUGGUGAACGCCUACCACCUGCGGGUGCGCCGCAAGAACCCCGUCACCGGCAACUACGUGAAGAUGAGCCUGCAGCUCUACCAGGUGGACAACCGCAGCUAUCUGCUGGACUUCAAAAGCAUUGAUGACGAGGUGAUGGAGCAGAGGUCUGGCUCCUCCACGCCCCAGCGCUCCUGCUCGGCCGCGGGCUUGCACCGGCCGCGCCUGAGCAUUGACGCAGCCGCGGCCACCGAGUGCCAGUCCCUGAUGGGCUCCCUGAGCGGCUCCUUCGUGGGCAGCAUCCCCUCGGUGCCCCCCCGCCUGGGCAGCCACACCAUGGACUUCUUUGAGAUGUGUGCCAGCCUCAUCAUGGCCCUGGCCCGCUGACGGCCCCUCUGCGCACCGUGAGGAUCUGCGCCGACUCGUCCGCCCCCUCCUUUCUUUUGCUUCCUUGUUCUUCCUCCUCCUCCUCCCCUCACUGCCCCACAGAGCCAAGUCCAGACCCAAAACAUGCUCCCCUCUAGCAAGGCACCAAGGAAAUUAACUUAACUUCUCUCCUUGUGCCUGGCGAAAUGUAUCCAAUACUCUUUUUUCUUCUUUCCUUGUGAACCCCAUAGGAAAUGUUAAGGCUGUAAAGUAACAAACAUUAUCACUGAGUUUUUGGAAAACACCUCCCCCCUGGUUCAUCCUGAGCUAAUGGAGGCACAGCCACGCUUCCUGCAGGGAGUUUGAUGUUCUCCCUGAUGCUGUGGAGAGCUGGGCCGAGCCAGGGCAGAGAGGCUGACCAGGAGCCCUGUGAGAUGGAGUGGAGGGUGAUGAAGCAGCUCUGCAGCGUUCACACCCAGCUGCCAGCCUCUCUCACACUCUUCUCCCCAAAGCAGCAGCUGCUUAGAUGCUUCUGCACUAGUGCAAUAUGACCUCCCUCCCCUCUCUUUUUUCCUUCUGCUGAAGAUGGGCAGGGAAGGUGGGAUGUGCAAAGGUCCUGGUGCAAACCUGACAGUCUUUGCAGAGGAAUGUCCCUAAGGUGUAGUCUUUGCCCUUGUCCACUCUUUGCAGAGGAGUGUCCCUAAGGUGCAAUCUCUGCAGAGGAGUGUCCCUAAGGUGCAGUCUUUGUCCCUGUCCACUCUCAGCAGAGGAGUGUCCCUAAGGUGCAGUCUUUGUCCCUGUCCACUCUUUGCAGGGGAGUGUCCCUAAGGUGCUUUGUUUUGCCCAAGGGCUCCGGGCAGCACUGAGCUGCUCGCCACGCUCGGAGCUGAAGGCAGAUUGCCUUUUUCUCCCCUCCCUGCAGCCUGCUCCCCCUGCCCUGCCUCACCACGGGCUCCAGGGGCUGAAUGCCAAGCAGGGCUCAGGUGAGCAGAGGACAGGAUCUGGAUCACCCCCCUGAGGACCCAGCGCUUCCGCCAGGGUCGGGAUCAUCCCUGAUGGGCAGGAGCCACCAGCAGUGCACAGCUCCAGAGCACUCACCUCUCACCUCUCCCCUAGGACACUCUGCCUGUUGUCACCUCCCCAAAAUCACUGCCAAAUCUGCCUUCCCUGCUGCUGGACACUCACUGCUCCUGCCCAAGGGCUCUCCUGUCCUGCUGCUGCUGCCCACUGGACUGUGACCUUCGCCGCUCUGCUGACCAGGCAGGGAUAUCCCAACCCGGAAUUUUACUGUUCCUUUGCUACUGGCUAUCUGAAGGAUGGGGUUUUAUUUUUUAAGAUGAACUGUGGGGAUUUUUAAGGUUAAAUUUUUGUUACCCAAGGGUAAACCCUAAUGCAUGUGUGAAUUCUUUGUUUAAAAGAGUUAUUAUUUUUUAUUACACGGGAUUAAUCUAAUGGGCAGCGUUGGCAUCUGCUUGGCUUUGACAUGGUGUUUAAUUCCAUUUACUUGAUUAUGAAGUAAUAGUCUAAUCAAGGAACAAAUGCUUUAUAAAAGCUUUGCCAAAAAAUAUUGGGGGGGGGUUGGUUUUGUUCUGUUGUUUUGUUUUUUUUUCUUUUGUGUUCUGUUUUAAGAAACAAAGCAAAGAACUUUUGCUGGUCCCAGGUAUGCAGUCAUUCGACUUGAAAAAAAAAUGUAAUCUGUCUUUUUGAUAGCUUCUUAUGACCCCUUGAGGUUUUUUCCUAGGGUUUUCUUUUUUGUACAUUUGCACUUUAAUUUAUACUUUCCGCAAGUUUGUAUGAGAAGCAAGGAAAAGAACAACAAAUUAAGCCUUUUUUACUAAUCAUUUAAGGUAAUCAAGACAAACACGGGAUAUUUUUGCCAUCUACUGGCAGUUAAAUGGACUUUUUCAGUUUGAAGUCCCUUUUUUUUAAAAAAGAACCACAAAAUUGCCUUACUUUUGUUACAGAUUGUGCUUGGAUCCUCACUAACGUGACUUUACAGUUGCAAUUUUUCCAGAAGCCGCACAAAGUAGAAAGCUUCCAAAAAAAAAAAAGAAAAAAAAAAAAA